AUGAUCACGUCUUUCCUUCUCCGCUGUCACGACACCAUCUGGUCCUUCCUGCAUGUCACCAUCCUCAACAUCCCACCCUCUCGCCUGCCCAUCUUCCCCUCCUUAGCAGGCUCAGUCUGGUUCUUGACCCUUGCCAGCCUACUGCUAACAUGGCUGGCUCGAGGCAUGCCCCAGUACCCAGGCCAAAGCAAUCCACACGUCGCCUUCAUCUCCGACAUCGCCUCCUUCGAACUCAAGCCCCUUUUCCUGAUCGGGGCCUCCAUGACUGCCGUCGGGUUCUGGUUCACCGUAGCUGCUGUCCAUGUCAUGCGCUACGAGCCUGGCUUCGCAUUGAUCCGCUGCCCGGACCCCUUCUCCUCUAGAGGUAGUCCGCAGCACGCACCAUCUCCGGAUGGGGAUCGACUACCGGCAUCAGUGACUCCGUACAACGGCCCUAUUCAUGACAACAACAAUGAUAAUCCAGAUGAGACUGACGACGACGAUGUCAGAGACGACGAGUCACCCGCAACCAUCGCCACCUUCAAACUCAUCUCCCUCCUCGCCAUCUUUUCCGCCGGCAUGGCCAGCACCGCCCUCAUCUUUCUGGCCGUCAUGGAUACCUUCCGGUACCACUUCGCGCAUGCGGUCCUCCUCCGCGUCUGCUUCGGGGGCUUGGCCCUGCAGUCCUUCGGCACGGCGAUCGUGUACUCGAACGAGGUGCUGGGGUUUGUGGCGUUCUUGACGCACGGCGGCGUGUGGCAGCCCAGAUGGGGGGAGAGGCACAAGGUCAGGGUACGCGUCUUCGAUUACCGGGCCGCCGGGAUCCUGGAGUGGGUGAUUGCGUUCCUGGGCACGGUGUAUUUGUGGCUGUUUGUGGGGUUCUUUGAUCGGUGCAGCUUCGAAGGCUUGGGCCCGAGUGUGCUGUAUGCGGCGGCCUCGAAGGGACGACGGCUCCCUGCCUCGCCCUCCACGCCUCCGGGGGAUCGCCGCACACCCAAUGACUCGGAUGCCGAGCAGGCCCCGUUGCUGUCGCGGGGGUCUACCACGAGCCGAUAUAUGUGA